AUGAGCGCUGCCGCAGUCCAGGCUCCAUUUGCUCCCACGAGCUCCUCCUUUUCAUCCUUGGCCCCCGUGGACUCUAUCAUAUUCGAUACAAAAGCCCUCCAGAAAGCAACAGAGAUCUUGAACGUCCUCUACCGGUAUCGUGCCCCGGUUCCAGAGUCCGAAGCAGAUCGCAGCGAUGAAGGAACUCUGAAGUUCCUCCCUCUCAUCUAUUCCCGGGUGAAAGCCCAGCAGGAGAUCCCCCUGAUCCUACCCGCCUUCCCCUUCAAAUCCCCCAACCGUAAGAGCAAGGUGCUGGGCGCCUUGCCAGACAAGGGCGAGGAAACUGCCUUAGCACACCUCGACGGCCUGUGCGCGGCUAUCAAAGAUAUCUACGAGCCAGGCGCCGUGUUGACCAUUGCCUCCGAUGGACUCGUAUACAAUGAUCUCCUGGGCGUGCCCGAUGCAGAAGUCUACAAGUACGGCGAGUCCCUGCGACAACUGGUCCGCGACCAGGGCUUCCAGCAUAUCCAGUUUAUUCGGCUCCAGCAUCUCCUGCAUGUACACGAGGAUAUACCCCUCGAUGCUGUGGCCUAUGAGCAACUGGCCGGAAACUUUCGUCAGAGGCUAGUUGAGAACUACACGCCGCUGGAUUAUGACUGUGCGACUAGCAUCAGGGAAGAUAAGGAUGUGUGCGCUACGUAUCGAGGGUAUAUCAAGUUCCUGACAAAGGACUUGGAGCAUACGUUUGUCGACGAUGGGAGCGUGUCCAAGCGCUCGCACAAGCAGAAGCUCGAAGCGAUCGCGAAAAAGAUGAUCGCCCGUGGCAAGGCCUUCGCAGAAGCUAUCCGCAAGAACUACGCAGAUUACAUCCGUCUCUCCAUCCACCCCUCCUGCGGCUCCUCCAAGAUCUCAAUCAAAGUACUCCCUCUGGCACGCUAUGCUAUAACCCCCUGGCACUCGUCCCCCUGCUUCACAGUUGACGGGCAGGUCGAAUACGGCCUGCGCGAGACCUUCGACAACCGCGAGGACGUGGAAUUGAUCUACAAAAAUGGAAAUCCAUGGUACUACCGCGUCAAGUCAGACCUAUACGCCUGGUCGCAGCCCGUGGAAAUUGAGCCCCAGUACCCCUGUGGCCUGAUUAUCCGUCCGACGGAAACCGCUUCCGCAACGCAAGUCGACAUGCUCAAACUCCGUGAGCUCGCCCAGGAGAACUCCCCCGUAAUCCUCCGCGGCUUCACCGACACCCGGGACCGGGAGCUAUAUAUCCAAAAAGCCGAGGAAAUGGGCACCCCAAUGGCGUGGAAAUUCGGACUGAUUCUGGAGGUCAAAGACCACGGAACGGAAUCCCAGGGUCUGAACAACGUCCUAUCCGCCGAAUGGAUGCCGUUCCACUAUGACGGACUCUUCAAAAUCAAGAAAGAGAUAGACGCCGACGGCAAAGAAGUCAUGGUUUCCUGUCCUCCCAAAUUCCAAUUCUUCACCGGAAUGACCCCUUCCCCAAAAGACACAGGCUUCACCCUCUUCAGCGCCUCCCAUCUGAUCUGGCACUACCUGCCCCCAAACUACACCCUCGAGGAACUCUCCAAGCUCUCCUGGAAAGUGGAGACCGUGUCCUUUGACGAGGCCCGCCUCACUGACUUGCCGCUCGUCGAGCCUCAUUUCGCCCACGGCAGGCCUUGUCUGCGCUAUCAUGAGCCGUGGCCGCAGGAGAAGACCGCCUUCGAUCCGACGUAUAUUACGAUCCAGGGUGUACCGAAUUCGGCUGAGAUCUGCCGGACGCUGGAUUCGUUGCUGCAUGAUCGGCGGGUGGCGUAUUGGCAUUCGUGGGAGGAGGGAGAUUGGGUGGUGAGUGAUAAUGUGACGAUGAUGCAUACACGGAGCUCAUUUACGGCGAAGUCGGAUCGUUGUUUGAGGAGGAUUCAUGUUGAUUAA